CUCCGCCCCGCAGCUCUGCUCCGCGCCGCUCAGCCCGGGCGGGCUGAGGUGUUAUUUCCUCUGUCGUGCGGUGCCGGGCCGGGCAGGGAUGGGGCAGUAGUGGCCAUGGAGCGGGCCGAAGGCCGGCCCGGAGCCCCCCAGUACGUGCACGUGCAGCUGCAGGGGGGAGCGCCCUGGGGCUUCACGCUGCGCGGCGGGCUGGAGCACGGCGAGCCCCUCAUCGUGUCCAAGGUAGAGGAGGGGGGCAAGGCUGCACUGUCCCACAGGCUGCAGCCGGGUGAUGAACUGGUGAACAUCAGCGGGACGCCGCUCUACGGGUCUCGCCAGGAGGCUCUGAUCCUCAUCAAGGGCUCUUACCGCACCCUGAAGAUGAUCGUCCGCAGGAGGAGCGUGCCCAUCCUCCGGCCCCACUCCUGGCACGUGGCCAAGCUCACCGAGAGCCGCCCCGAUGUCCUUGCCAUGCACUGCCCUACAGAUGCCUUCAGCCUCUCCUGGCCCUCGGGGUGUGAUGUCAGUGAGCUGUCCCUGCAGUGGAACCCGCUGUCCCGGCACUGCAGCACCGACCAGAGCAGCUCCAUCGGGAGCAUGGACAGCCUGGACCAGCCUGGCCAGGCCUACUAUGAAGGGGACCCCUCACCCGUUGACCAGGGCAUGUACCACAGCAAGAGGGACUCGGCCUACAGCUCCUUUUCCGCCAGCUCCAUCACAUCUGACUGUGCCCUUUCUCUCCGCCCCGAGGAGGCCACCUCUGUUGACUCCAUCCUCCAAGCCCCCUGCAAGGCCCCUGAUGGGCGCUACAUGACCACGGGGUCUGAGCCGCCCAGCAGCCGGCAGCCGGAGGCCUUGCGGGUGUCUGUACCUCCCCAGCCCCCCGUGAGGAGGGACAGCCUGCGGGCAGCCCCAGCUGGUGGAGGUGACCGGUGCCGGGCUGCGGUGUCAGCAGACAUGCUGCAUGUCAAAGGCCGGUGGAUCUCUGACACCUUCCUCUGCCAGCGGGAUGGGGAGGCAGAGGCGGCAGGCAGUAGGACACCGGUGCCAUACCCCACGAAGGACCGUCUCUCUGCCGACCAGUAUUACAUGCUGAGCUCCCGCCCAGACCGGUGUGCAACUGAGCUGCUCAUGGGGGAGAGUGUGGAGCCUGGUGAUCAGCUGUACCCGGAUGGCAGCACACACCGAGUGCCAGAUACUGUGGCAGCAGGUGACAACCGUCUGCUUUCCCCGCUCAAAGGCCACAUGCUGCACCGGCACAGUGCUCCUGAGCAGCUCCUGGCCUCCCAGCUCCACUCCCUUCAGGUGGGCACUAGCAGCGGGCAAGCCUCACCGGCCUCUGAUAGGCACCGCAAGACUCUCUCCCCGCUGCACCCCGAGGGCAGCCGGCCAGGGGCUACCCAGGACCCGCAGUUCUGCCCAGAGCUGUGCUGCCGCCUCCCACCGUGCCGCUGCUGCCCGGAGCUGCAGCGAGCCUGCGGGCAGGACGGGUCGGGAGCCAGCCCAGCGCGCAGCACGGAGGGGCCGGGGGAAGAGGAGAGCCGGGGGGGGGGGGGCCGGCGGGCCGGGGGCCUUCCCCGCCGCUCCUCUCAGAUGCGCCGCCGCAGCGACCGCUUCGCCACCAGCCUGCGCAACGAGAUCCAGCGGCGUAAGGCCCAGUUGCAGAAGAGCCGUGGUGCCGGCGCCCCCGCGCCCGGUGAGGAGCCGGUGGAGGAGGCGGAGGAGCCCCCCGAGGGCAGCGUGCCGGCGGAGGGACCCCGCGCCCCGCCGAAGCGACUUAGCCCCACGCCGAGCGAGGGCGGCAGGAGCCCAGGCCGCUCGGGGGACCGGGGUAUCCCCACCCCUGACCCGCUCCCGGUCCCCAAAGGGCUCCCGUCUCCCGAGCGGCCGGUGCCGACAGGCCGGGGCCUCUGGCGCUGGUCCCCCGAGCCAAAGUUGCCGCUGAGGCGUUCGCCAAGCGCCUGCGAGCUGGAGGUCUACGGGCAGGGCCCGGCAGCCCCCGGCUCUCCACCACGGGGCGAGGAUGAGGCUGUUCUCCUGCCCUUCGCUGACCGCCGCCGUUUCUUCGAGGAGAGCAGCAGGCCGGCGCCGCCCCGGCACGGCAAAUCUGAGGCGGGUGAACCCGGUGCCUUCCAGCCUUCCGGGCUCGAGCGCCGAGACCCUCGCCGCCUCUCCGUGGACCAGCCCUACACCGCUCCCUCUCCCAGCCGCCCUGGCUCUGCCGGCCCCUACGCCGAGUGCUGCCGGGAGCAGCCUUCCUGCUACAAGCCGCUGGGGAGGCUGGGGGAGCUGGAGUACGUGCGGGGCUUCUCCUAUCCCUACGGGGUCCCGCUGCACCCUGAGCCCUGCCGCUACUGCGGUGGGGACCCGUGCCCCCGGCCGCUGCCUCGUGGCCAUACCUGCCGCUGCCACCCCCAGCCCUGGGCACGCUGCCCCGACUGCUGCUGCCCGGCGCUGCGCCCCGGACGGGAGGAGAGCGAUGCCUGGCCCCCGCGGAGAGCCUUUGCCCCGGAAUUUCCUCUGGAUGAGUGGGAGCCACCAGCAAUAACCAGGAAAGCCAGUCAGUCCAUCAGCGAGCUCUCCCGCUACCAACUGGGCUUCCCAAGGCUUGGCCCCUUCCACCCCUGCUUUGGGAGCAGCGCUGAGCCAGAGUGGCUGCCCUGCUACCGGGCCACUUCUACACAUGAUCUGUCAUGGGAUGGUGACCGCCUGACCCUCUCCCCUGAGAGCCCUCCAGACCCCCUGCACCGCCCGCUGCGAGGGAGAGCCUUCUCCGAGAGCCACCUCAACCUGGAGCCUGCCAGCCCCCGGAGCCAUAGCCAGAGGGACCUGCUCCAGGCCAAGCUGGACCCUGCUGGCAUUCCCAAAAAGAAGGGUCCCCCUCCUCCCCGUCCACCGCCCCCCAACUGGGAGAAGUACAGGCAGCACCGGACAUCCCAGCGCCUGCCGGAUGGUUCUGGGCACAGCUCUGCCUUUGCUGCCCCAGUGCCGCCCCGCAGCAUCACUGAGGCUGCACGUGAGCGUUCACAGAGCCUCACCGGGGAGCAGGGGGGCCGAUCCCGGCGUCUCGCUGCCCGUCCAGCUGCCCUGCCAGGCGCCUGGCCCCGGCCCGAGCCUCCUGGGUCACUCCAGAGAAUUCCUGGGCCUGAUGCUGAGAUUUGCAGGGCGGCAGGAGCCGGGGAGGAGCGGCUGAAGGCAAAACACCCCUGGGAGAUGGAGGAGCAGCCCCAAAGGCUCGGCCGGCAUCAGGAGCGGGACUGGGUCAGCCCCUGCAGGGUGGGUGAGCGCUCCCUGCCCCUGCAUGAUGGCUCCGGCCCUACUGCCCUCGAGGCCCCUAAGGCCAGCCCUGGAGUGGCAGAGGGGAUGGACUGCCAGGGGAACCAGCCCCAGCCCCGCCCUGUGGACUCGGAGGAGCUGCUGUGGGAUGUGGCAGGCAGGGACCACUCUCUGGCUAGCAUCCUGGCCCCCUUGGCCCCUCCUGGCACAACCACCAAGGUGGUGGGUAAUCUGCUGGUGACGGGGCAGCAGCAGGCCUGGCAGGAGUGUUUCCAGCAGGACUGGCACAUGGAGACCCUGGCGCAGGACAGGCAGGGCUUCGAGCCCAUCUCACCACCCUCUGUGAGCGCUGCCAGUUCUGCCUACUACCCAGCGUAUUACAGUGCAGGAGUGGGUAAAGCCGAGCCACUUGGCAAGGUGAAGGAGCUGCCGGAUGUGGUGGAGGGGAGCUCUGAGGAGGAGGCAGACCAUGAGCUGGUGGAAAAGAAGCUGCAGCUGAUUGAGAGCCUGAGUCGCAAGCUGGCGGUGCUGCAGGAGGCACAGCGGGGUCUGCAGGAGGACAUCAGCGCCAAUGGGGCGCUGGGCGAGGACGUGGCUGCGCGCCUGCAGGCCCUCUGCACCCCGGGGGAGUUUGACAAGUACCGCCUCUUUGUGGGUGACCUGGACAAGGUGGUCAACCUCCUGCUGUCCCUCUCAGGCCGCCUGGCCCGGGUGGAGAGUGCCCUAGGCAGCCUGGGGCCGCAUGCCCCUGCUGAGGACAAGGUGGCCUUGAGAGAGAAGCAGCAGCUGCUGGUGGCACAGCUGGAGGAUGCCAAGGAGCUGAAGGAGCACGUGGGGCGGCGGGAGGAGGUGGUGGGUGCCAUGGUGGCACGGUACCUGCCCGCCGAGCACCUCCAGGACUACCAGCACUUCGUCAAGAUGAAGUCGGCCCUCAUUGCCGAGCAGCGGGAGCUGGAGGAGAAGAUCAAGCUGGGUCAGGAGCAGCUCCGGUGCUUGCGUGAGAGCCUCGAGCAGGGCCCCAAGGGCUGUUAGCCCCCCAUCCAGCCGCCCCC